AGCACGCAAUCUACCUCGACAUCCUGUGAUCUUUGGCAUAUUGUCGUAGGAAUCCGCCAAUCUGGAAGAUGAGUGCGGAAAGCUACGUGGAUACCCCGAUCAAUGGGCCUCUACUGGAUGAUGGACCUUCUGCAAACAUUUCCCAGCUGCCAAGUGCUCUUCCAUCUGGAAGAAUCUCACCACUCGACGAAACAGCGGCUGAGGUGGUGGUGCCCGCAAGUCACGAGCUCAUUGUUGUAUCCUGCUACACUCGCUUUGACAAUCUGGCGCACGGUCCACGUGGGACAGAGGCAAAGCGAAGCCUAUACACGUUCCGUUUGGACGAGAAUCAUGGGGAAUUGGUUUUGUACGCUGUGAGUAGCGACAACAGUGUCAUGAACCCUGCAUUUUCCCGAUUUGAUCCACGCAGGAACUUGCUAUACACUUGCACUGAAUCUGUGGCAGAGCCUGGAGACAUUGUGACCUAUUCUGUAGAUCCUCGCACCGGCAAGUUGUUCAAGAUCGGAAGCCGAAGUGCUGGAGGCACUUCCACAUGCUACUUGACAUUGGACCAGGGCUGCAAGAACAUGCUAGUGGUGAACUACUGGGAUGCCACAAUCGGGGUUUUUGGCCUUGAACCAUCUGGUGCUCUUGGGGAAGCGAAGAGCUUUCAUGACCCCAACGAAGGUAGGGGUAUGCAGGUCAGCCACAAGAAGCACGUGAAUCACUCCGAGAAUGAUCCCAGCGCGCAGAAAGAGCGCCAAAGUGACCCGCACUCUCACGCUGUCAUUCUUGACCCGUUCUUUGGAAAAAUUGCUUACGUGCCUGACUUGGGCAUGGACCUCAUCCGGCAGUUCAGGUUUGAUCCAGAAUCGGGCACUUUGGAAUGCGCAGGAACUUGCAGGUCAGGUCCAGAUGGCCGAACUGCUCUCGGUCCACGCUACAUUGAGUUCCACCCAACAUUGCCUGUUGCCUACGUUGUCAACGAGCUCUCAUCUGAGGUCUCGGUGUUUGCUUUUGACAAGGAGAAUGCCGAGAGGCUUCUCUGCCAACAAGACGUUUCAACAGCUGCCCCAACUUUGCGCUUAGUACAAACCGUCAGGACGAUCCCAGAGGCGUGGCCCAAUGACAUGAACACAUGCGGCCGCAUUUCGGUCCACAGCUCUGGGCACUUUGUGCUGGUUUCCAACAGAGGACACAACAGCAUCACUGUGUUCCGAGUCCACUCCGAGCAUGACAACCAGGGCAUGCUGUCAUUAGUGCAGAUGCAGCAUACUCGUGGUGCUACUCCAAGACACUUCCAGUUUGACAGUUCAGGCCAGUGGCUCAUCUCAGCCAAUCAGGAUUCAGACAAGGUCUCUGUCUUCCGCUUCAACGUUGCCACGGGCAAUCUGGAGUGGACUGGGCAUGAGUACAAUGUCCCAUCUCCCAACUUUGUAUGCUGCAUGAGGCCACAGAUGACACUCCCCACGCAGCGCCGGCCAAGCAGCACAACGGGUGAUGCAACGGUGCAAGCCACGACGAUGCUCUCCAGGCUGUGAGGUGGACUGCUUGCUAUAGAAGGCAAGGACUGUGCUCAGCCUUUUGGAUUAACGUGGACACAGUUUGAGACGAAUGAGCAUGUCUCCUGGCAAGUCUUGGCAGCAAGGUUGGAGUGCAUACCUGCUCCUUUUUGAGCCCAGCGCGUGCUGUUGCUCAUGUACCUCCAAACCGAGGUUUUGGGGCAUGGCUCAGAUUUCUGAAGGAAGCCAGGGUUGCGCAGUGUUGCGUAGUGUGCAGCGCCAAAAGCCAGCGUAGCACUUUUGCAAGUUUGGGCUAGAGGUGUUUGUUCGUUGAGGU